CGAAUACAAAACUAAUAUAAUUUUCUUGUAUAUUCAUGAAAAAAAUAUCCCUCCAAAUGAAAUCGUUUAACAAUGAACAUGGUUCUAUUAAAUUUGCUUUUAUUAUUUGGGAUUUCGUUGGCGGAUAAUCAGAGUGAACUUUCUCGAUGUAAGAAUAGAGCUUCCGUCGUAUUUGCGGUACCUAUGAGUCGCUGGAAAUCAACAAUGACAGUUUACAUGGAAGACUUCUUACUUGAGAUUAUUAACUAUUUUGAAAUAUCAAAAUAUGACUUCAAGAUUAAAAUUUUGGAAUACAGUCCAACUGCACGCUCGAAGAGUAAAUUCUUGACGUCUCGAAAAUCAGCAAAUACUGAAAUUUCUUCAUUAGGCAUUAAACGGACUAAAAUAAACAGCAACGGGAUAUAUCUGAAGCCAGUUUUAGAGGAUGCUUUUGAAAUGCUAAAUGUGACGACAGAAAUCUAUCGCAAGAAAGUUAUUGUACUCUUUUUAAAUAAUAUCAUAUUUGAUCAUACAACGUCAGCAUGGUAUGCAAAAUAUAUAAAACAAAAUGGAGUCGUAUUCUAUGUAGUGACCUCGUUUAAAAGAAGUGUAGACACUGCUAUGAGUCUAGCGUCAGAUCCUUGUAAAGCCUUUGUAGUUGAUGAUUACAAAUCUGGUAUGGAUGACGUCAUUAGUGACCUUGGAAAUAAUAUAUGUCUCGCUUCUGAUCCCAGACUUGCUGUAACUUCUGGUCCAGAUACACUUGGAAAUUGUAACAUAGGAAUACUGUACAAGCCACCUGAAACAGAAAAUCACUUUUACUGUCCGAAAGAUGGAUUAUUUCCAGAUCCUUUGAAUUGUGCGUAUUUUUAUAAAUGCACACGUGGGACAAGUGUACAUUUAAAAUGUGAACCGGGAAAUAUGUUUGACGCAAGAACACAUACUUGCAAUCACAAAAUGGCGGUCACGUGCUACACGGGAGUUUCCUGUCCAGACGACACAGGACUUUUCCCGUAUCCGAAUGAUUGCUUCAAGUUUUUAAACUGUUUCCAAGGAAUGCCUUAUGUACAACCUUGUCCUUCGGGACUAGCAUUUGACAAAAUAGUAAAAAGAUGUCUACUUCCAAUGCAUGCACUUUGUUGA